UUUUUCAAUCAGAUUAAACUGCGACUGGAGCAGUUCUAUGCCAAAUCCUUUGUGCCUGAUGAUCUGUUCGUGGACUAUGACGUUGUCAACUAUGAGAAGAUCAAUGUGAAUCUCACAGUUCAAGUUCCCUUUCCCGGCCAACUCCUCUUGCACAUCUUCGUAAGGAAGCUCUCGGAUCAAGUGGGUGGAUCAAACCAAGUCGAUCUGGUUCGCUUGACAAACAGAGAUCUCUGCAAGCUCCUCGAUUCACUUCGCAAUAUCACAGUGGAGGGAAUUCCGGGCGAAAGCCUUUUGCCCUCGACUUUCGUUGUCUCAUGUCCUCUAGUUCCGGGCUUUUAUUAUGUGGAAAACGGCGUUAUUGAUUCCAAACUGAUUCCCUUCCAAGUCCCUGAAGGCAGAUACCUUGUACUUUUGGAGCUGAUACAAGUGUACGAGGAAGUUCUGAAGCUCUGUUCCUGCAGAAUCAAGUUCUCCAUUAAAAAACCACCUGGAUACUCGGAACCAUCGCUGUUUGAAGAUAGUGAGGAAAUUGAAGCGACCGAGAAGCCAGUAGUGAAAAAUGAAGAAACUAGUACAGAAGGUACUCAGCCGAAAGAGGAUAGCUCGGAAGUAUCAACUGAUUACGAAUAA